AUGCCUUACGACAAGAAGGCUGUUCACUUCGGCGGUGGCAACAUCGGCCGUGGCUUCGUUGCCGAGUUCCUUCACAACUCUGGCUACGAGGUCGUGUUCGUCGAUGUCAUGGACAGCAUCAUUGAGGCUCUCCAGAAGCAGUCGUCGUACACCGUCACCGAGAUUGGCGACGAUGGCGAGCGCGAGUUCACCAUCGACCACUACCGCGCGCUCAACUCCAAGCACGAGAUGGACAAGGUCGUCCAGGAGAUCGCUUCCGCCGAUGUCGUCACCUGCGCUGUCGGCCCCAACAUCCUCAAGUUCGUCGCCGAGCCCGUCGCCAAGGCCAUUGACGCCCGCACACUCGACUACCCCAUCGCCGUCAUUGCUUGCGAGAACGCCAUCAACGCCACAACCACAUGGAGGGGCUUCAUCGAGGGCAAGCUGAGCGAGGACUCCAAGAGCAACCUCGACAAGAAGGCCCGUUUCGCCAACUCGGCUAUUGACCGUAUUGUGCCCGUUCAGGAUAAGGAUGCCGGCCUCAACGUCAAGAUCGAGAAGUUCUACGAGUGGUGCGUUGAGCAGAAGCCAUUCGAGAACGGUGGCAAGAAGCCUGAUGUCAAGGGCAUCCACUACGUCGAUGACCUCGAGCCCUACAUUGAGCGCAAGCUGUUCACCGUCAACACCUCGCACGCCACCGCUGCCUACUAUGGCCACCAGGCGAAGAAGCAGUACAUCCACGAGGUCCUCCAGGACAAGAAGCUCCACGACAUUGUCCGUGACGCUGUCAAGGAGACUGCUCACCUCAUCGUCAGCAAGCACGGUGUCUCCGUCCAGGAGCAGAACGACUAUGUCGACUCCAUCAUCAAGCGUAUCUCUAACCCUGUCCUGAAGGACAACGUCGAGCGCGUCGGACGUGCGCCCCUCCGCAAGCUUUCCCGCAAGGAGCGUUUUGUCGGCCCAGCUGCUCAGCUCGCUGAGCGCGGCGAGAAGGUUGAUGCUCUCCUAGGUGCCAUUGAGCAGGCAUACCUCUUCCAGAACGUUGAGGGUGACGAGGAGUCUGCUGAGUUGGCCAAGAUCCUCAAGGAGAACUCCGCCGAGGAGGUUGUCACCAAGGUCAACGGUCUUGACAAGUCACACCCGCUCUUCGAGAAGAUCCUCCCGAUCGUCAAGAAGGUUCAGGGUGGCAGCUGAAUAUCUGCCGAGAAGCUCUGAGUUAGUAUUCUGUGGAUAAGCGCGGAGGAAUGCAUGUGGUAGAUCAAAAGCGACUAGCACAUAGACGUCUUCUACGAUUCACGACACUGAACGGCGUUCGGUGUCAUACAUAACGAAAUGAGACAUGAGUGAUGAUACC